CAUAGCCCAAACUCCUAAGCUUUGAAUCUCAGUAGUCAUGGAACAAGCAGAGGUUAAAAACAAGCACUCUCUGUUAUCACCGUUAGAAGCUCUGAAAAAUGCUUGUAAAUCUCUUCAAAACAACUCCUUCUUCAUCACCCAGAAUCCCCAACCUGCCAUUGAAGCUCUCUUGGAGCUUCAUGCUCAAGCAGGCAACAUAUUCUCUACUUACCCAAACCUUUCCAAGCUCUCUCAGUUGUUAUGCAGCCUCAAAACCCUACUCCAAAACCACAGAACAUGCCAAGACUACAGCCUUAAAUCUCUCCUUCGCCGCCAAAUCACUAACUACAGAAUCUACCAAUUGGCAGUUGCAAUCGAGGCUGAAGUUCAGGCCUGUAUUGAUCGAGACUGUGUUCAAAAUCUUGUCAGAGUGAGUCGAGAAAUAGACUCUGAAGAAGAGAAAUUAAGGGUUUUAAAGGAGUUUGAGAAGCGUUUGUCACAGGGUUUCGAUAGUGAUUUUCAAGAAUUGGUUCUGAAAGCUAAAGGAUUCUCAAUUCUCGAAUCGUUACUCUGUGACUCAACUUGCUCGAAGAGAAUUCGAGAACAAACAGGUCUUUGUAUAGUUGCUCUAGUUAGAUUCAACAGGAAUGUGUUUGUGGGAUUGGUUCUUAUGAGUCCAAUAGUUCAAUCCUUAAUAUCAACAGCUUCCGCUUGUUUACUACAAGUCCUUUGUUCACUUAUCAGAUUGAUCAAGACUCCAUUGAUAGAUGAAAUCGAACUGGACGGAGAAAUCCCAAGAAUUUUAAGCCUACUUAGCUCCGAAGAUUUGUCAAUUCAAGCUGCAGCCCUGGAUUGCAUAUGCGAAAUCGCCUUCUCUGGGAGAAAAGAAGUGAUCGAAGCUAUGAUAGAUCAAGGGCUGAUUGAGAAGUUAGUGGAGUUGCAGAGAUCGAUACAUGGAGACAACUUUGUCAUGUCUGAUCAAGAAAAUUGGAAUGAAAACGGAAGUGGAGUAAUUUGCGAAGGAAGUGUUGAAUUGGGUGCGAAAAGGGGAUGUGAAGAGGGACAAAUUUCACGGGAUCGGCCAUUUGCAAGUUGUGUAGCGAGAUUUGCAGUGCCAAUUGAAGUGGGAGAAGGGUUGAAUCAGAGAGAAAGAAAAGAGUUUAAAAGGGAAAUCUUGAGAAGAGUCAGAGAGGCCUCUGCUUCUGAAGCAGAGGCUGCCUCUGUUGUUGCAGAGAAAAUUCUCUGGAACAUUGAAGACUGAAUGAGGAAGCGUGUAAUAAAAAUUUCUAAUCAACUAAUAACUACCAAAAUUUAACUCCCAACACUAGAAACGCCUUUCGUCUCCACCUUCCCUCCCUUCAAUUCUCCUUCUCAGUUCUCGGCCACUUUCUUUUCGAUUCUCUCUUUCGCUAGAAGUCUUCUCUACUUUAAUUCUAGUUACUCACACCAUUUACACUUUCAUCUAUUUCCAUCUCUUUAUUUGCGCAUUGAAGCCUACGUCACCUGUAGCUCUGAGAUCCCAAGAUAGCUUCCUGCCGCCGCUGACCACUAACAUAUCAGAACAUCGGCUCAAAAAUCUGGGAAAAUUCGCAGAUCU